AUGUCCGGACCACCGAAUAUUAACAACAAUCCGUUGCCUCCCGUCGCUGGGAGUGGCGGCGGUGGACGAGGAGGAUGGUUGCGGACGCCGCCACCGACGUACUUCCGCUCUCCGUCGCCCUGGGUUCCGCCCGGGGUGGCCGCACCAAGACCGGCGGAAGUGCCUCGCGCUCCACCAACCGAGUUCGUCUAUCAACAUCCGAGCUCGCAGUACGUGGCCGACCGGGCAGUGCCUGCGUCGGUCCGAUCCGCGGCGACCGGAACUCCGGCCUCGCAGGAGUUCCACCAGUUCCAGCGACCGAUCCCGUCGGCCAUGACACCGACUCACUUUGCGGCCACGGGGCCCGGCAGUGUCACAGCGUCUGCCGCACACGUCUAUCGUCCCGUUUCUCCGGCCACGGCGGCACCCCCGUACCCUUAUCCGCAGUUCUCGUCGGCCAUGUCCCCCGUUUCGUCGCUUCCCCGGUCCAUGACACCGCACAGUAUCGGUAGCUACGGGGCGGACUACGGUCCGUAUGGUGGUGGGCUGGCCCGGCCCGGUUCCACUCAAGGCUCGGUGUACGGUGGAGUCACCUAUCACUACGGUCCACCCGUCGGGCACCCCGGGGACACACCACAGUCCCAGUACGUCAUCUACGACUACGGUGGGGCCGAAGGCCCGUCGACGGCGGAGAUUAUUGCGGCCCAAUCGCAGGACUACGUGGACGAGAAGUUGGCCGAAUAUCAGGCAACCAUUAUGCUGUUACAAGAUGAACAAGAACGUGUACAGAAGAAAACUUUCGUUAAUUGGAUCAACUCAUUUUUAUGCAAGCGUAUCCCGCCACUGAAGGUCGAAGACCUGAUCCUCGACCUUAAGGAUGGCACCAAGCUGCUGGCCCUGCUGGAAGUGCUCUCGGGCGAGAAGCUGCCGAUGGAAAAGGGGAAAGUUUUGCGAAGGCCCCACUUUCUAAGCAACAUCAACACGGCGCUCCAGUUUCUGACCAGCAAACGCAUCAAACUAGUCAACAUCAAUCCGUCGGACAUUGUGGACGGGCGGCCGGCCGUGGUACUCGGCCUGAUCUGGACGAUCAUCCUGUACUUCCAAAUCGAGGAGAAUAGCCGCAUUUUGCACUAUCUGAACGAAAACAUCAGCGGAUCGCUCAGUUCGCUCGCUAGCAGCAGUUCGGCCUCCAACAUACCGAGCGCGGUUGGCAAACCGGCGGCUUACGGUGGGACCACAGCGAGUGCUGCCGUUGCGGUAGCCAGCGGCAAGGACAUGCUGAAGCAGGGCCCCCGCAAGACGCUGCUUUCCUGGGUCAACAGUGCCUUGCCACCGUCUUCCGGGGUGGAUGUGCGCGAUUUUGGCGCCAGCUGGCGCGAUGGCAUCGCCUUUCUUGCCCUGAUCGAUGCCAUCAAAACGAACGUCAUCAAUCUGGCGGAGCUGAAAAAGUUCAACAACCGCUACCGCCUGGAUACGGCGUUCAACGUGGCCGAAUCGGAACUGGGCAUCGCCCGGCUGCUGGACGCGGAGGACGUGGACGUGAGCAGCCCGGACGAGAAGAGCAUCAUGACGUACGUCGCACAAUUUCUGCACAAGUAUCCGGAUGUGAAGAAUAUCAAUUCGAAGAGUGACUCCGAGCGGGAAUUGCUCGAGCUGCUCGAAUGGCUCCGCCGUACGGUCCGGUACUACGAUGGAAUGCACGGCAAGUACCCGAACAACUACGGCAUGUACGAGAGUGUGCUUGGCGAAAAGCUGGAGAAGCAAAACACCUACAAGAAGGUGAAGAGCAUCAACGCGGCUAAGAUGACGCCGGAGGUACAGGAGCUCAACAGUCUGUGGGGCCAGCUGGAGCGCCACAUGGAGCAGUGGCUAUGGUAUCUGGACUGUGGGCUCCCCGAUCAGCUGGGCAUCGUCGGGCGUUGGCUUAGCAAUGGCGAGAAGUUGCUGAACGAUGACGAUAUCCCGGACAGCAUGAACGAGGAGACGGCUUCGCUGAUCAGCAAGAAGCUUGAGGCUCACAAGCAGUUCUUUGGCACGUACUACGAGGUGCUGGAGACGUUCAACGGACUGCAGACGAGCCCGCUGAUGAAGAAGGUCCCACCGGGACAGUUGCAGAUGAUGGAGAAGCGCUUGCUGGACAUCGAGCCGCGGGCCCGGCAGCGCCGCAUCAAGCUCAAGUUCCUCGAGCACAAGUGUUGCCUGAUUGCGUUCCUGAAUCUGCUCGAGAACAAGAUCAACGGGGUGAAGUACAGCAACGAGGAAGCGGUCCGGCAGUCGUUGGACCACCUGAAAAACUUUGUCACCCGCAACCGGAUCAUGCAGGAGUUCGAGAAAGCACUGAUCGACAUGCGGCAGGUGAUCGAGGAGUACAAGAUCGACGGUAACAUCACGAAGAAGGAGAUGUACGGUAUCGACGUGUUUCUGCACGAGACCGAGGAUCGCUGGAAGAACGUAUCCUCUCGCCUGAUCUGCACCGAGACGAUGCUCGAGGACGUGCUGUCGCACUGGCAGCGCUGGCGGGAGUUGGCGCGUGAGCUGGAGUCGUGGCUGGCGCAGGCCCGCGAUGCCUUGCAGGGAACGGAGGACGAGCGAAUCGAGUUUUUCCAGAACGUUAGCGUGUACAAGGACAAGUUUGCUGCGCUGACGGACACGUACGGCAUCCUGAAGUCAACCUGCGACCAGGAGGCGUGCUCGGCCCUGGAGCGCAAGUACGUUCAGCUGGCCGGGCAAUGGGAUGCCAUUUUCCAGCACACCAAGCAGUACUUGCACGUGGGCGAUCUGCUGCAACACCGGCAGCGGUUCAAGGCCGACGCCGGGCAGCUCAACGAGUGGAUCCAGCGGGCCGAGGCGGCCCUCGGGCGUACCAAUCUGCGCGAGGCGAGCGAGGUGCGCCGCUGCGAGACCGAGCUGAAGCAGAUUGCGUGUGAAAUCGAGCCGAUGGAGGAGCUGUUCAAGUCCGUCAGCCGCAGCUUCCAGGCGCUGAUUAAGGAGUACUCGCGCGACGAGGUGGACCGCAUGAUGGGCAUGAUGAAGCAGCAGAAGGAGGCGCUGGUACGAGUGCGGGCCCAGAUCCCGCCCAAGUUGCAUCUCUUCCACCAGCUGCUGACACAGCAGGAAGCCCUGGAGAGUGGCCAGCGCGAGAUUGCCCAGUGGCUGGACGAGGCGGAGAAUCUGCUCAUCUCGUACGCGUUCAACAAUGACCCGCAGCAGACGAAGGGCAACAUGGCGAAGCAUAAGGCCUUCUUUAGCCGCACACUCUACUACAAGGCGAUGCUGGAGAGCAAGAACAACGUGUUCCAGAACCUGCUUAAGCUGACCGACACCGAUCGGAGCGUCGACAUGGCGGGUCCGGCCGGCAAGAUGAAGCAGCUGAAUGAUCGCUUCCAGUACGUGAUCGCCAGCGCGACCGACUGGGAGUGCAAGCUGCAGGAGAAUCUGCGCGUCUGGGAGGCCUUCAGCGAGGCCAAGCAGCAGGCGGAAGCGUUCCUGAGGCAGGCCGAGGCUUACCAGCGGUCCGCGGUCCCCGUCGAGAAGGAGGCCGAUGCCGAGGCGCAGCUGGAGUUCUUCAACGCCGCCGACCACCAGUCGAGCAUCAACCGGCUCGAGCGCCACACGGAGGACCUGCUAAAGUAUUUGCCGCCGGCCGAGCAGCAAGUGCUGAUCGGCAGCGUGCAGGACGUGCAGCGCCAGUGGAGUGACGUGGUCCAGCAGAUACCGGCGCACCUGCUGAAGCUCGAGUUCCGCGUGAACGAACUCACGUUCGUGGCGUGCGUCGGCGACAUCGAGAAGGAGCUGAACGCCGAGGAGCAGGCUUUCAACUGCAACGACAACUUUGACGCCAUCCUGGAGCGUAACCGGGACUUUUUUGCCAAGAGUGAUCUGCAGCGCGUCGAGCAGGUGUUGGGCGCGAUGGAGAAGCUCAGUUGCCUGUACCUGGAGAAGUCGGGCAACGAGCAGUCGCUGGCACCGAGGUACCAGCGGGCCAACGACACCUGGGUGGCGCUCUGCAAGCGGAUCGACACCGUGCGCAACACGCUCCACAAGAUCCCGGCCCAGUGGGACGCGUACCACGCGAAGUACGCCGAGAUGAGCGACUGGAUGGACCGGGUCGACGAGUCGCUGCGCCAGAUCGUGACCGAGAAGCAGACGAUGGAGGAGUUCGAGCAGGAGAAGGCCAUCUUUCAGAACAUUUGCUCGGAGGCGGACGGGAAGCGGGAGGACAUGAAGUGGCUGGUGAAGACACUGGACUUCCUGCUGGGCCACGCGGCGGAGGAGCAGGCGGCGGUGGAGCAGGAGCGGAUCGAGCGGCUGAUCGGGCGCUACAAGACGCUCAUCCCGACGCUCGAGACAACGGUGGUGCGGACGGAGGUGUUUACGCGCUGCUACACGUACCGACGGGAGGCGCGUGAGAUCUGCGCCCUACUCGGCCGCAUCCGGGCGCAGGCGGACGGUGCUCCGCCCCCGGACAGCUACGAGCGCGCGGGUGCCCUGGUGGACGAGCAGCAGUUCUCGAUCCGCGAGCUGGACACCCAGCGGGCGCACAUCGUGCGGAUGCUGCAGCGCGGCAAGGAUCUGGCCCGCAACCCGGUGGCUCCCGCCUUCGUCGGUGCGGAGAGCGGUCGGCUGGAGGCGGCCUGGAACGAAGCGUACGGUGGAGCGGCCGAGCGAUUGCGGGCGUUGCGUGGCGUGCAGCGCGUGUGGGGUGAGUUCCGGGAGCAGCGAAGCCAGAUCGGUGGAUUGCUGGGGACGGCCGAGCAGGAACUGCGCUCGGUGACCCCCCUGCAGACGGACCCGCGGGGCGUGGCGCAGGAUCUGGAGGCGAAACGGCAGCUGGCGGUGAACCUGCGGCAGGCCUCGUCCAAGUCGCUGCUCCAGCUGCACGAGCUGUCCCGGGAGCUGGGCCAGUCGGUGGCGCCGACCGCUCGGCAAGCGCUCGAGCGGGAAGUGGCCGAACUGGAGCGACGUGUGGCCGCUACCGGUGACUUUGUGGAGGAACGCGUCGGUUACCUGGAGGAGUACAGCGAUCGGUGGGCCGAGUACAAGCGGCGGCUGGACAGUCUGAAGGUGUGGGCUGCGGCGGAGUACCCGAGGUUGGUGGCGGCACUCAGGCAACCGACACUCGGGGCGGAAGAGCGCGUGGCCCGUGCCCAGCAGUUGGAAGGGGCUCUGACGGAGCGAAUCCGGGCGCUGGACGCGCUGAAUGCCGGUGCCGCCGACCUGGCCGCCAAGGAGGGCAACCUGGGCGAGAUGAAGCGCUUGAAGGCGGAAGUGGUGCAGCUGCAGGGAACCUUCACGGAGCUACAUCGCGCCGUGGACGGUGAGCGUGUGGCCGUGCGUGAGGAAGCGGAUGCGUGGGACGCUUACGAGCGCGGUAUGGCACCCGUCCGGGAGUGGGUGGAGCGAGUGAAGGGUGCCCCGGAGCUGGAGCCGCUCCGACCCGGAACGCUGCCGGAAGCUCGCGGCCACCAGGCGCGGCUGGAGACGUUCGUGGCGCAGUGCGAUUCUAUGGCGGGUGCGGUGCGGAGUGCGGCCGGGAGGUGCGAGAGUAUCCGGUAUGGAGUGCGGCCAGCGGAGGAGACCGAAAAGUACGCACGGUCGGUGGCCGGAGUGGGCGAGAGCGCGGCCCAUCUCCUACGCAAGACGACGAAGCUGGUCGAGGGGUGGACCGCGCACGAGGAGGAGCUGCGGCGACUUGGCGCCUUCAUUGCGGGAGCCGAAACGCGCCUCCAGGAACUGGCGCCACCAUCACCGACCCCUCCACCAUCGGUAGACCAACUGGAGCGGGGCGUGAAGGCGCUGAAGCAGUUCAGCAACGAGGUGGCGGAGCAGCAGGCGAAGCUGGUGGCGCAGGGGGCUGCAUUCGAUCAGAUAGGGCGCGCGCUGUCGGAGGACGGGGCGCGACGAGGGCGAGAGCAGUUGCAGCGUGCCCAGGAGACGCUGGCGCGAUUGGCGGAGGAGGCGCGGGGCCGUAUCAGCGCAAGCUACGAGCGGAUCGUGGAGCAGCAGGCGUUCGAUGCGCAGCUGACCGAGUUCGCGGACUGGAUGGACCAGCUGCGGGCGAGCAUCGGGGAGCUGGAGCAGGGCACGACCCUCGACGAGGUGGACCUGGCGGCACAGAGUGUGGCUCGGUUGGUGCAGGCGCACGCUGACAAACGGGAUGCAUUUGGGGCGAUCUACGCGCAAGUUAAACGGCAGAGCCUUGGGGGUGACGUGGCCGGUAACCGGCUGCUGGCGGAGACGUACAGUUCGCUGGCCAGCAACUACCAGGGGCUGGAGGCGACCCUGCUCCGAUUGGCCGAGUUCCUGCGGCGGUGGUCGGAGUUGCGUGCGUGGCACGGAGCGACGCGGGACGCCCUGACGCAUCUGCGGGAGCGCGUGGAGCGCAGCGAGGGCCCCCGCGGUGAGGACGAGCUGGGGGAGGCAAACCAAAGGCUGCUUGGACUGGCGACCAGCGUGGAGGAGUGGCGUGGGACAGCACUGGCGAUGGAGCAGGAACCGUGCGUGGCGUUGCAGGAUCGAGCGGGGCGCCCCGUCGGGCCCCUCGCGCUCGUCGCUGAGCUGGAGACGCGCCUGGCCGCACUCCGCUCGCUCGUAGACGGCAAACUGGGUGAGGUGGCCAGCGCACGGGAGCGGGUGGCUCGGCUGCGACAGACGGAACGCGAGCUCGGUGGCGCCCUGGAGAUGGCCGCACGGGACCUGAAGGCGAUCGUGGAGGCGGCGCGGCUGUCGACGCUCGACGAAGGACUCGCGGCACUGGCGGCACUGGACGAGCGGCUCGGGGAGCUGGGCGCGACGAAGGCGCAGGCCGCAUACGAGGGUGACCUACUCCUCAAGCAGGACCUGGUGACGGAUGGAUCCGGCGGGGCGGACACUACACUCGAUGCGAAGCUGGCCGACCUGCAGCAGGAGGCGGACGAGACGCGGCGCACGUUCCGGGCGGCGGUGGACCUGUACGCGGAACUCAACCGUUACCGGAUGGCCCUCGCCAACGAACUGCGACCGGUGGAGGCACUGACCGGUACGGCGAGUGCGUGGCCACCCGCCUUCGACACGAAGGCGGCCCUCGUAGCGGCGCGGGACGAACUGCGGGGAGCGUCGGAGACGAUGGCGCGCGGCGUGAAGCGCAGCUUGGACGCGGUGUCCGGGCGGGGGACGGAACUGGCGCGUCUCUUCCGCCCCUACAACGGCCCCGACUGUGACAACAUCCUGGAGCAAGGACGAGCCGCGGCCACGCAAUUCGCCGGGGCACUGGAGACGCUCGCGGAGCGGGGUACCGCCCUCGAUCGACGGUUGGCGCUGUACGGGCGGGCGGAACCGCUGGCCGCUGAGCUGGAGGAAUGGGCACGAGUCAAGUGCGAGCAGCUGGAGACGGGUGGACCAGCGGAAACGGAGGGUCGGAUUGCCACGUACCGAGCGGAGCUGCCGGCGCAACUCACCCUGAAGGAAACGUUGGACGGGUUGCUGGCGGAAGCGCGACGGUUGAAUGGUGGUACGCUUCCUGCCGAUCUGCAGGCGAUCGGGCGGCGUGUGGAGGAAGCGUUGGCUGGCUUGAGGGAGACGGCGGAUAGGACCUCGGCCCGGCAAGCGGAGUACGCGGCGGACGAGCGGCGGCUGAAGGGAGCGCUGAAGACGGUGACGGAGCGGCUGUACGCUAUCCGCGAGGCGAUCGGGGGUUGCGACGAGCCGACGCUGGACGCAGGGCGGCAGUUGGCGCAGCUGGCCGCGUGCAGGGAGCUGCGCGGGAAGGUGGCGACCGUCGGCACCGAGAUCGGAGCGCUGAAGGGCGAGCUGGUGACGCUGGCCGGCCCCUCGGCGGUGCUCGGGAAGGAGGUGCAGAACGUGGAGCAGCGGCACGGGCUGGUGGCGGGCAGUCUGGCCGAGGUCGAGGCCAAGCUGGCGAAGGCCGUGGAGCGGGGCGUCCGGGACCGGCUGGGGGCACUCGGGCGGACGGUGGGCUCGCAGCGGGAGCGGCUGGCGUGGUGCGUCCCGGAGCCGGCCAGUGACCGGGCGGCGCUGGAGGUGAAGCGAACGACGGCGGAUGAGGUGCGCGCCGCGGUGGAAACGUGUGCCCGAUCGUUGGCGGAAGUGGACCGGGAACUGGCGGCGGGUGGUCCGCUCACCGAGCUCCUGGCGGACGAACGGAAGGUGGAGCAGCUCCGGGAGGAAGCCCGGGAGGUCGCGGCGGAACUGGCGGCGGUCCGGGCGGGACACGCGGAAACGGAACGGCGGCUGGCGGGCAACGUGGCACUCUGGGCACGGUACGAGACGGAGUCCGGGGAGGUGGUGCGGUUGCUGCGGGACCUGGAAGGACGGUACCGACUCGAGACGGUGCUCCUGGUGGACCUCGGUGCGGUGGAGACGAAAGCGGCCGAGGUGCGCGGUGCACGGGCCGAACUGGAGGAGCUGCGGGGCCGCGUGGACGCACUGCAGGAACUGGGGGCUCAGCUACACGAAGCCAACCCGGAGGCGCGUGCCCUCGCCCUUGCCCACCACCUCAGCGCCAAGUGCCAGACGUUCGGACGGUACUUCAGCGGGUUGGCGGAGCGGCUGGAGGACGUGCGGGCGAAGGAUGGCCACUUCCGGGAGGGAGUCGCCACGCUGCGGGCCUGGUUCGCGGAGACCACCACGCGGGUGCAACGGGCGGUGGCGGAUGGCGACUACGAGGCGGCCAAGGGGCUGCGGGCGGAAGUGAGGGCCCGGGAAGCCCCACUCGGUGAAACGUGCGCCGCGGGGGAGGCACUGUAUGCGGAGGUGAGCGCCGAAGGACGGGAGCGACUGCGCAAGGAAAUGGCGCGGUUACGCCAGGAGCACGGGACGCUGCUGGAGGAGGUCGGUGGGGCGUGCGAGCGGAUGGAGGCGGACCUGAUCCGCCGCCGGUCGAUCGACGAGAGUCAGCGACAGCUGGCGGGCUGGGUGGCGGAACUGCACGCGAAGGUGGCAGCACUGGGCGCGACGGGAGCGACGCUGCAGGAGAAGCGCGGGGCGCUGUUUGUGGCGCGCGGCCUCCAGAAGGACGUGGCGACCCACGAGGCGAACCUGGAGGCGCUGGCGGCCAAGGUGACGGGCAGUGACGAUGACGGCGGGUGCGAGCAGCUGCGUGGCCAGUUGGCGGGGCUGCGGGGCGAGCUGGAGCGGCGCGUGGUCACCCUCGAGCAGACGGUGCGGGAGCACGAAGCGUACACGGGAGCGCUGGAGCGGUCGCGGGACGCACUGGCCAAGGUGCAGGGGCAAACGGAGGAGCUACUGGCCGACGCCGGGGAGGUGACGGGAGCGCGGCUCGAGGAGCAGCAGCUGCUGCUGGACACGGUGCUGGCGGAGGAGGCCGGAGCGCUGGACGGGCUGAACGAGUGCUACACGCGGCUGGUGGCGGUGGAAGGCGGCGGCGGCGGUGGGGGCCAAUCGGUGGAGCUGCGCCGGGCGUUCGACGAGACGAAGCGCGGCUGGACCGGGUGUUUCGAGCGGUGCCGCGCGGCCAGGGCCCGCGCGGCGGAGGGGAUGGCGGAACUGACGGCAUUCGGGGCCCGUCUGGACGCGGCGCUGGGGUGGCUGGGAGCGCGCCGGGCCGAGCUGAAGGACGCGCCAACCACGCUCGGUGCAACGCUGCGUGACUACGGGGAGACGGUGAGCGCGCUGCUGGAGGAGGGCACGCGAGUUCGGGCCCGUUCCGACGUGAGCGGGCGGGUGGGCCAGCUGCAGGCGGAAUACCGCGCGGUGGUCGCUGCGUGCGCGGAGGCGACGGCCAGGGCUGAGGCGGCCCGGAACGAGGCCGGUGACUUCGAGCGGGCGUACCGGGAGUUCGAGGAGCUGCUGCGCGGUCACCUGGAGGGCUUGGCCCGCGACUUUGAGCCCCUCGUCGGGGACCUGGGGGUGCUGCAGGAGCGGCAGCUGCGGUUGAAGGAGCUGGCGUACCGACGGUUGGACGAGGCCGGCCCGUACCAGGAUCUGCUGGCGCGUGGCGAGAAACUGGCGGUGGCCACGGCAGGACCCGACCGGGAGGCGCUCCGUGGGAAGCUGGCGGAGGCACGGGCACUCUGGGAGCGCUUCGCGGACCGGCUGACGGCGGUGACCGCCCGCCUCGACUCGUGCGUCGUGCAGCUCGGUGAGUUCGGGCUGCAACAGGAGCGGCUUUCCUCGUGGCUGAAGGACGUGGAGGCGGCGCUGGGGGCGAACGCGGAACCGCGCGGGACGCUGCAGGAGAAGCGCGCCCAGUGCCAGAACCAUCGGUUGCUGCACGAGGAGAUCGCGGCGCAGGCCCCGCUCGUGGAGGCGGUUUGCGGACGGGCCAGGACGCUGCUGGAAGCGACGGGAGACACACACCUGGAGGCGCUGGUCGGUCGGAUCCGCGAGGCGUACGCCGGGAUCGGGCGGAAAUCGGCCGAGUUGCUGGACAGCCUGGGAGGGUGUGUGGCGACACACGCGGCGUAUGCGGCGGCAGCGGGGAAAGCGCGCGGCUGGCUGAGCGAGGAACGCGACCGGGUGCUGUGCGUGGGCGAGAGCGAGGCUGGCGAGAAGGGGGAGAUCGGCAAGCGGAUCGAAGCGCUGGGGGCGGUGGCGCGUGGGGGCCGGGCACGCACGGACGAGCUGCUGGCGGCGGCGGAGGCGGCGCGGGACGCGGCGCGCCCAACGACGGCGGCGCCCGGAUUCGCCGCGAUGGAGCGCGAGACGGGGGAGCUGCGGGCGGAGGCGGUCGCACUUUAUGCGCAGAUCGAGGAGACGGUGGAGGGCCAGCGGCAGACACUGGCCGGGUGGGCGCAGUUCGACGCGGAGCUGGAGGCCCUCACUCGAUGGUGCCGCACGGCGGAGGCGACGUUCCGCGGCCAGCACCCGGGCGAGACGCUCGAGGCGAAGGAACGGGCGGCACGGGAGCUGCGGGAGGCGCACGAGGCGAUCGGGGUGCGGCAGGCGCAGCUGGACGAGUUCGUCGCCCGCGCCCAGGCCCUCUUCACGCGGACGGGCGUCGAGCGGAUCCGGUUCGUGUUGAACCAGCUGCUGAGCCGGGCCCAGCUGCUGCAGGUGCUGGGGCGCGAGGUGGCGAACCGGGCGGCCCACAUCGCGCAGGAUCACCGCGCGUACGACGGGCGGUUGCGGGAGGCCGAGGAGCGACUCCGUGCGUUCGAGCAGGGGCUACAGGACGGUGGCGGGGCCCCGGAUCGUCUGCAGACGCUGGAGCUGGAGCGCGGCCGGUUCGAGGGGUCGCUGGCGGCGGUGGUGACGGCGAGCGAGAAGGUGCUGCCGGAGACGAGCGGGCCGGGGCGGGAGCGGAUCCGCGAGGAGUUGCGCGGGCUCCGCGAGCGCUGGGAACGGGCGGUCGGGGAGUUGGCGAGUGCGCGACGGCGGCAGGACGUGCGGUCGGUGCAGUGGGCGGCGUUCCGGGACGCGCUGCAGCAGGUGCGCGAGUGGCUGGAUGCGACGGAGCGACGGCUGGAACCACCGGCCGCCACCGGUGGUGGGGAGGCGACCCCGCAGGAAAUCCGGUCGCGGCUGUUCCGCUUCAAGGCCCUCGCGCAAGAGGUGAACGGUCAGCGCCGGCUGGUGGAUUCACUGCGCGAGCGCGCCGGCGAGACGGCCGGGGAAGAAGGGGGGGCUCAGGAACCGGAAGUGGCGGCGAUCGAGGAGCGGUACGAGCUGCUGCGGAAGGCAUGCGGAGAUGCGGUGCGUCGACUGGAGCAGUCCCUCGCCCUCUGCGGACAGGUGGGUGACGCGCAGAAGGCGCUGCUGGACGAGCAGGGCCGCUUGCUGGGGGAACUGAAGCGCCUAUCGGAGGCCGGCGGAGGAUCCCGUGCCGCGGUCCAGGAGAAACUGGCCCAGGUGGAGGAGCUGCGGCAGGGCGAAAGCAAGAUGCGGGAACGGUUUGCCCGAUUGGCGCAGCUGGUGGCCGACAACGGGGAUCUGCUGGCUCCGGCGGCCCGCUCCACGAUGGACCGGGACCGGGCCCGGAUGGUGGCGGACUACGAGAAGGUGCUGGUAGCGCUGGGAGAUGCACGCGCGGAGCUCGAGCGGCGCCUGAGCCUCUGGGACGAGUGCGAGCGGGACGCGGAUCGGCUCGGAGCCCGGCUCAGUGAGGCGGAAGAGGCGGCCCGGAGCUACGGCCCCCGGGCGACGCUGGCGGAGAAGCGGGAGCAGCAUGACCGGUUCGAGGCGCUGGUGGGGCGGCUCGGGGCGGACGCACGGGAACUGGACGCGCUCGGUGACAAGGCAGCGGAGCUGGCGCAAGGUGACGGGCGGAUGGCGGGCACGGUGCAGCAGCUGAGGGCGAGGGCCCAGGCGGUCGGUGGCACGGUGCGGGAGCUGGCGCGCAAGUGUGAGGCGGCUUACGCGGAGCACCGCGCGUACCGGGCGCGGUACGAGGAGUGUGGUCGCGGGCUGGACGAGAUCGGGGAAGCGUUCGGCGCGGCACGGGCCGAGGAAACGCCGGCACUCGGGGUGGUGCGGGAACUCGCCGCACGUCACUCACUCGUGGCCGCCCAGUGCGGGGCGGUGGCGGACGCAGGGGAAGCCCUGUACGGCGGGACGGCCCCCCGAGGGCAGCAGAUGCUGCGGAGUGAGGCACAGGAGCUGGCGGCACGGGCAGACCGCCUGUUCGACGAGAUCGGUGCGUUCGGGCGGACGGUGGAGGCGAGAGCGACGCGGUUGGCCGGGUUCCUGGAGAGGGCGCAGACGCUCCGCGACUGGCUGGACCGACUGGACGCGGGCGGGCUGGUGGCCCCGACGGUGGUGCUGCGGGCGACGCUGGACGAGAAGUGUGGCCAGCAGGCGGCGUACGGGGAGCUGCUGGCGGACGUGCGCGGUCACGGCCCGGAGCUGAACGGACUGCGGGAGCUGGUGGAGGCGGACCCCGAAAAGGACCCCGCGAUGGAGCGGGCGGUCGGGGAGCUGGCGGAGCGGUACGGCCGGGCGCAGGAGCGGGCGGCGGCGCACGGCGAGGCGUACGAGCGGAUCGUGACGGACCACCGGGCGUACUGCAAGGCGGUGAUGGAGACGCAGGACUUUGUGGACGCGACGCACAACACGGUGGAGCUGUGGGGCGAGACGGACCUGGACCGGGUGUCGCUCGCCGCCAACCGCGACCGGCUGGAGGCGCUGCGGGUCGCGGUGGAAGCCGAACAGGGACGCGUCGAGCAGAUCCGGGCACUCGGCGAAGCGACGCUGCCGGACACGAGCGACGCGGGGCAGGCCAACAUCCGGGCGCAGAUCGACGCGUCGCAGCAGGAGUGGGAAGGGCUGCGGGCGGCCAUCGACGGUGCCCUCGGCUCGAUCGGCACCAAGAUGGACGAGUGGACGGAGUACGAGCGGCUGCGGGGCGAAUGCGCCGAUUGGAUGCGGGACGUGGACGGACGGGUGCACGGGGUGGACCUGAAGGCGACCCUGCUGGAGAAGAAGGCCACCCUCGACUACCUGAAGGCACUGCAGGGGGAGGUGAGGGCCCGCGAGCUGGAGGUGGACGCGUGCACGGAGCGAGCGCAGGCCCUGUACCGGGGCUACCUGAGCGGACGGGGGUCGCAGGUGGCGGAGCUGGCGGCCAAGUACCAGCAGACGGCGGCCCGGGUCAAGGAGCUGGUCGGACGCUGGCAGCAACACGUGAUCGCGCACCAGGAGCUGGAGACGCGGGCGGCCGAGCACGCGGCGUGGUUGGCCGGGGUUCGCGAGAGGUUGGCGCAGUGCGCGGAUCUGGCGGGGGCCGCCACCGAGAAGGAACUGCAAACCCGCGCCAAGACGGUACAGGAGAUGCUGGCCGGGCGGGACGAAGGAUCGGCGAGGUUGCAGGCGCUCGGGGAGCUGGCGCAGCAGGUCCUGGCGAGUACGGUGCCGGCGGGCCACGAGCCCCUCAACCGGACGGUGGCGACGCUGCAGGAGGAGUGGGCCGCACUGGCGCUCCGAAUGGUGGAGGUGCGGGCGCAGCUGGACGAGGCGCUGGGGCAGUGGUGCGGCUUCCUGGACCAGGUCGGUGACCUGCGCCGGACGGUGGCGUGGCUCGAAGCGGAGCUGGCAGCGUUCGGCGAGUUCCAGGCGACGGCGGCCGACAAGCGGGCGCAGCUGGAACGCAUCAAGGGUGCGGAGGAGCGGGUUCGGCUCGAGCGGAUCGAGUUGGAGCCGCUCCGAGUCCGUGCCGCCGAGUCCGGAGGGGCGGCGGCAGCGGCCGCCGCCGCCGCUGAAGCCCUCGCCCAGUUCGACGCCGCGGCGGAUCGCAUCGGGAAGGUGCUGACGGAGCGGGAGGAUCAGUACCGGGACCACCGGCGGUACAAGGAGGCGUACGAUGACCUGCAGCAGUGGGUGGCCCGAGCCCGGGAGCGGUUGCCUGCGGCGGGCGGUCAGAGGCAGCAGCCGCUUGGGGAGCGUCUCACCCUGGACAGCGCGCUCGCCCCCCUCGACGCGCUCCUCAACAAGCGCGGGCAGGGGGAACUGUUGGUGGAGCGGUUGGUGCACGCCGGCGAGGUCGUCCUGGCGUCCACUUCCGAACGCGGGCGUGACGCAAUCCGCGGGGACAUCGCGGGCCUGCGGACCGCCUUCGAGACGCUGUUCGCCGACGUCGGGCGGCAGCGGGGUGAGCUGGAGCGGACCCUCGGACAGCUGCGGGAGUUCCGGGAGGAGUACGAGCGGCUAUCGGAGUGGCUCCAACAGGCGGAUAUCCUGGUGAAGGCGGCCAAGCUGGCGACGUGCGCCGGGCUGGAAGACAAGGAGCGCCAGGUGCGCGAGGUACGCGAACUCAUAGGCCGACUGGAGGCGGGGCAGGCGGAUCUGGACCGGUUCACGGCGUUCGCGGGCCCGCUGCUCCGCUCGCACCUCGACACCUACAUCGGGAACCAGCUGCGGCACCUCACGUCACGCCACACCGUCCAGUUGAACCUGGCGCGGGACGUCCUGCAGAAGGUGGAGACGAACGCGGCGCUGCACCGGGAGUUCCGGGAGCAGCUGGGGAAGGCGAACGCGUGGAUCGAGGCCGCCAAGGAGAUCGUGCGGUACGCGACGGACGGAGCGGAUCAGGUGAGCCGCGACAACCUGGAGAAGCGGCUGGCGAAGGUCAGCGAGCUGAUCGGACGGAGGGCCGAAGGGCAGGCCCUCGUCACGGCAACGGUGGCGACGGGUGAGAAGGUCGUGAAGAGCACGCGGUCCGACGGGCGCGACGCGCUGCAGGGUGAGCUGCGGGACGUGCAGACGGCCUGGGACCGGCUGGCGAAGCGGCUCUCCACCGCGAAGGUCCAGCUCGAGACGCACCUGCUGCAGUGGGCCGACUACAGCUCCAGCUACAACCAUCUGCAGCAGUGGAUCCGCGAGCGGGAGACGAAGCUGCAGCAGGUCUGCGACCAGAAGGUGGUCCGCUUCCGGUUGACGGGAACCUCGCCGACCGUGGCCACACCAGGGGCGAGCGGCUCGAGUGCGCUGAGCGAGCGGCGGGCGAACCUGCGGCAGGCCAACGACAUCGUGCAGGACAUCGAGAGCUUCGAGCCGAUGAUCGCGUCGGUGGCGAGCAAGGCUUCGGACCUACGCCAGACGUCACCGGCGUCGGAGAUUGCGACCAAGUACGAGACGCUCAGCCAGCAGGCACGCCAGCUGCUGGAGAAGGAACGGGCCACGGUCGAGCGGCAGCAGGCGUUCGUGGACGCCAGCAACGAGCUGGCGGCGUGGAUCCGCCACGCCCAGGAGUCGCUUGCCAAGUGUUCGGAACCGCGCGGUGACAAGGAGACGCUCGUGUCGCGCCGGACCCAGGUCAAGAUCCUGGACGGGGAGGUGGCGGCCGGUCAGCGCAAGCUGGAGCGAGCCCUGGAGCAGGCGGAAGUGGCGUGCCGUGCCGUGGGCGGUGACACCGAGGAAGUCGAGGCCAUCGAAAGCGAGGUAGCGAUCCUGCAGGACGAGUUCGAUCGGUACUGUGCCGGGUUGCGGCGGGUCAGUGCGGCCCUCGAGGCGGGGAUUGUGCGGUGGACGGAGUAUGACGAUCAGUAUGGGGUGGCCGUUCGAUGGCUGGACACGUGUGAGCAGGAGGUGCAGACCUACAACCGAAUGCAGCCCAGCCUGCCCGAGAAGAAGCGCGUGCUGGAGGAGUUUCAGGACCGGCUGCAGACGCUGUUCGAUUGGCAGCGCGAGCUGGACAACCUGAACCAGCGGGCGCAGGUCCUGCUGGACAUUUGUGCGGACACGCGCGUUAGCAACGGUGUCACGCAGCUGACCACCAAGUACAACGUGCUGCUAUCGAUCGCGAAGGAACUGAUGCGGCGGCUGGAAGCGCACUACCAGGAGCACCAGCAGCACAACACACUGUACGGCGAGUGCCAGGACUGGUUGGAUCGGAUGCGGGAGAAGCUGGCCGAGUGUGAGGCGGUGUCGCGGACGGCCGGCGACACGCAGGCCAAGCUGAACGUGGUGAAGGGCGUGCGGCAGUCGCUGGAGCAGGGCCAGAACCGGUUGCGGUACCUGUGCGAGCUGAAGGAGCGCAUCGUGCUCGGGACGGAGGCCAGCGGGGCGACGAAGAUCGAGGAGGACACGGAUGGGUUGCGGGGCGAGUACGAGGCACUGAUGGUGGACAUCACGGAAACGCGCCAGCGCCUGACGGCACACCUGGCGCAGCUCGAGGAGCUCGGCAAGCUAUCCCGUCUGGUGGCCGAGUGGUGCGACGAGGUGCGCACCAAGCUGGGGGAGCCGGUGGGGCCGGAGCUGGCCGACCGGCGGGCGCUCCUGGAGCGCUACCGGGCCAUCCACCGCGAGACCGGCAACUACGGGGAGGUGGUCGAGAAGAUUCGCACGAAACUGGCCGACAGCUCGGGAGGAGUCCAGCUGGAUGUGGAGGGUGAGGUGGCCGCGAUCCUCACCUCGUACGAGGAGCUGACCGCGCAGGUAGCCACCGAGAUCGAGCGGCUCGAGAACCAGGUCAACAGUCACGAGCGCUUCCGGCAGGCCGUGGGCGCGCUGUACGAGUGGCUAAAGGCCGCCCGUCAGACCAUCGAACAGUCUUCGGACUUCCACGGCGACCGGGAACACAUUGUGGCGCGGCUGGGGAAGUUGCGCGAAGCGGAGGCAACGUUCGGCACGGGUCGACAGCUGCUGGAAACCGUAGCCGAGUUGGGCAACGGAUUGGCUGCGAUGGCCAUCGGUCAGGAGGGCCAGGAUACCGUUCGCCAGGAGAUGGCACAAGCGCGCUCGGAUUGGGCCGAGCUGGAGGCGCUCUCGGCGGCAGCCCAGCAAACGCUGGCCGAGUGCCUGGCGUCCUGGGACAGCUUCCUGGGCCAAUCGGAACAGCUCGGGGCGUUCCUCGCGGAGCACGAUGCGAAGGUGGACGGUCUGGCGACGGCCAGCGAGGGAACGGCCGACCAGGACGCGGUCCUCGCGCAGCUCAAGCACAUCCAGGAGCUGGUCCUGACCAGGAAGGGCACCGUCGAGGAGCUGAGCGAUGUGUGCGAGGCGCUGAUGGAGAAGAGCGCCUGCUCGACGGUGCGCGACCGGACGGUCGAGCUGCAGAAGAGCUACUCAGCGCUGCUGGCCAAAGUGCAAGGAUUGGUGACGCAGUCGGAGAAGAACCUCGUCAGCCACACGGAGUUCCUGUGCUACAAGGACGAGAUCAACAAGUGGCUGAGUGACGCCAACGCAACCAUCAAGAACUGUGCGGACGUGGCGGCGGACGAUGUGACGGUGGUGCGGCAGAAGGUGGCGCAGCUGCAGGCCCUCUCCGGCGCCGUGCCGCAGGGCCAGAAGCUGUUCGAGAUGCUGCAGGACGCGUUCACCAAAUCUUCCUACCUUUACCCGGAGGACCGGCAGACCAGCAUGUUCCAGGACCUGUCGGACAUUCGCGACCGGCUCGACACGGUCCUGAUCGGGAUCGGCUCGUCGCUCAACGCGCUCAACGCGCAGGCGGGCCGGCUCGAGUCGUACGAGGAGCUGAAGCGACGCGUGGCCGACUGGCUCACGACGACCGAGGCCUGGUUCGGGGCGCUCCCCGAGACACACGGCGGAGAGCUGACCGAGGUCAAGACGCUGUUGGAGCGCCUGAAGCAUACGCAGGCGGAGAUCGCGUUCAAGCAGGCGGACCUGGGCGCACUGCAACGGGAAGCGGCCGCCCUGUUCGAUACGACCCGCGGUGAGGUGGAGCGUGUGGCCGGGCUGCAGUCCCGGUGCGGCAAACUGAGCGACCGGUGCACCGAGCGCAUCCGGGCCGGCGAGACCGAGCUCGAGGAUCAGAUGGCGUACUACGCGAACCUGCAGGAGAUCGAGCGGUGGCUGCUGCAGAUCUCGUUCCAGCUGAUGGCGCACAACUCGCUGUACAUCUACAACCGCGAGCAGACCCUGGAGCAGAUUGCACAGCACGAGCGGCUGCUCGGCGAUAUCCAGCGGUACCAGGUGACGAUCGAUGACUUCAACGCGAAGGGCCAGGCCCAGAUCGAGCGGUACGUGCUGGGGGCGCCCUCGAUCCGCGGUCGGAUCGAGACGCAGAUGCGGAACAUUCGCGACAGCUACGGCUCGCUGCUGAACACCUCGGUCCAGAUCAAGAACCGGUUGCACGACUCGCUGGCCAAGUUCCAGGAGUACGAGGACACGCUGGACGACAUCGGGCGGCUGCUGGACGAGCUGGAGCCGCGGGUGGCCGGCGAGUUGCAGUUCGGUGUGGCGAACGGCGCGGGCGGCCAGCGAGAGCUCGAGAGUGCCCAGGCCAUCCACAACCAGCUGCUGGUGGAGAAGAGCCGUCUGAUGUGCGCGGUGCAGGCGUGCGAGGCUGCGACGGCCAGCAUCAGCCGGCCGAGCUCGCCGAUGGACAACGUGUCGCAGAUGAUCCCGGAGAAGGAGCUGAUGGUGCGUGCCCGGCUCGAGGAUCUGAUCGACGACGUGCAGCGGUGGAUCGGUGAGCUGGUGACGGCGAUCGGGGACUACGAGCGCCAGCACCGGCAGCGAGUGGAGCUGGAGGGCUGGAUUGCGCGGCAACGGGCUGCUGUGGCCGAUUGGGGCUCCAAACCGGCCAAGUUCCGACCGGACGCGGCCGAGCAGGAGUUGCGUGCGAUGGGUGAGCUGAGCCGCUCGGUGACGGUGAAGCGUAACGACUUGGCCGGUGACUCCGAGCAGGACCGCAGGUUGCGGGAGGACCUGGAGCAGCUGCAGGCGACGCUGCGGCAGGUGAUGGAACGCAAGCGCGAUGAUCAGCUGGCGAUCGAGAAGUACCGGAAGCAGUAUGACGACGUCCAGAGUUGGCUCGAUGCGAUCACGCACCAGAUCGACUGCGUGGAGGGCGGCGGGAGCGGUGGGCUGAGCUGCCGGCAGAAGCUGGACAAGAUCUCUGGCAUCAAGCGCAUCCUGGAGGACGAUUGCGACAUGCUGCCGAGCUUCCGGCGCAACGCGGAGCAGAUAGCGCAGCUGGUGAGCAAUCUGGAUGCGCAGCAGGUGACGGAGCAGCUGAAGUCGGUGGACCGCCGGCACCGGGACAUCGCGAACCGGCUGACCCGCCGGCUGGACGUGGUCGACGCCACCAACCGGACGUUCGGUAAGCUGCGUGCCGACCUGGGUGAGUUGGCGCGCUGGGCGGCGGAAAAGAACGAGGCGCUCGGGGUGCCGUAUCAGCUCGGGUCGGACACAAAGUCGGCCGAGGCGCAGCAACAGACGUUCCGGGCACUGGCGAAGGAGCUCGAGGGCAAGCAGGCGUACCUGGACACGCUCGGCAAGCGGUUCGCCAGCAUCCAGGCCGAUCUGGAGCCGAGCGAGAAGCAGCAGGCGGAGGGCGAGCUGCAGCAGCUGGCCCGGACACUGGCUCAGCUGGGGGUGCGGGUGCGCACCGAGGUGGACCGGCUCGUGGAGGACAUCCUGUGCCGGAAGAACAUGCACAACAACCUGGACGUGACGCGGUCCUGGAUCCGCACGAAGCAGGCCGACGUCGACAAAGUCUCCGACCAAAUCCCGCUGCUGGCGAGCAACGUCGGCUCCGAGAUCAAGCUGUGCCGCCGGCACGGCCAGGCGAUCAAGGAGUUCCAGGAGAACGCGUUCCGGGACGUGGCCCGGCAGGUGCGCGAAAUCAUGAAGGACUGCAGUGACGAAGGGAAGGCGAAACUGGCGCACGACUUUGGCGAGAUCGAGCAGAGGCUGGCGGAGCUGGUGGAGAGCUGCGGGCGGAAGGUGGAAUUCAUGGAGCGGGAGCACGGUAAGCGGCGCGAGUUCGAGGAGCGCCGUGAGCGCGUCUGGAACUGGCUGACCGCGGCCGAGUCGUUGGUGUCGGCCGACCUCCGGACGACCAGCUACGAGGCGGUGAAGGACCAGAGCCGCAAGUUUGACACGCUGUGCGGAGAGUGCGACGCGAUGAAGGCGGUCGUGAAGGAGGCGGACGAGUUUGCGGCCGCGAUCGUGCCCACGCUGAGCGAGCUGGACAAGACGCACAUCGGAAACCAGGUGAAGGUGCUGCGCGACAAGUGGAACGCCGUCAGCAGCGUGCUGAGGGUGAAGCGCCAAAAGCUACAGGAUCACCUGGCCGAGUACGAGGAUGCGCUGGCCCGGAUCGCGGGCUGCGUGGCGUUCAUCGCGGGCGUGCAGACGCGCCUCAAGGAACUAAACCGACCGGUCACGAGCCGGAUCGAGAACAUCCAGGACGCGUUGCUGGCGUACGAGCAGAUUCUGGGCAGCCUGAAGGAGAAGCGGCUCGAGAUGAGCACGAUCCUGCUGACGAACCUUCCGCAGUUGCGCGAGAACUCGACCAAGCUGGAGGAGCUGAUAAUGGGCAUCGAGGAGCAGCUCCGGCGCCUCAAGUCGAUGCUGGUGCUGAAGGAGCAGUUCCUGGGGGCGAUCAACGAGAUCGUGAAGCAGAUCGCGAAGAUCAACGGCGACUUCAACACCGUCGAUAACCUCAGCCCGACAGUCGACGAACGGUUGGCCCGUUACGGGGAGCUUGUGCGCGCCAUCGAGGGAUGCGAGGGAUUGCUGGUGGCAGCGACCGACAAGGGCCACCAGAUGGCGGCUGACGGUACCGAUCUCGAUCGGCACAGCAUCAUGGACCAGAUACACUCGCUGCAGGAGCAACUCCACUCGAUCAAGCGAUCGAUCGAGCUGGAGCAGGACAAGUACCAGAAACAGCGGGCCUACCACCGGACACUGGCCAACGAUCUGUUCGCGCUGGUCGACUGGUUCAAGGACAACGACGAGCAGAUCCGGUCGCGCCCACUGUUUGCCAUCGACGUGAAGGCGGCCGAUCAGCUGCACGGCGCGCACAUUGCGUUGGCCGGCAAGGCGAACAUCAAUCUGAAGAUGAUCGACGAUCUGCUGGGCAAGUUGAAGCACAGCGAUAGUGACCGGCUGCCGGAAGAUCUGCAAACCAUGGUCGAUCGGGCCCACACGUUGCAGGCCACCGUGCCCGAGGAGCUGGUGGCCCGCGAAGCGUACCUAGCCUCGAACCGGCUCCACCGACGGGAGUUGCGGGACAGUUUGGAACGCAUCCAGAAGUGGCUCGCCGGGGCCGAGGAACGUUUCCAGCAGGCGAAAGCAUUCAGCUUCGACCCGGACAAAGUAGCCGGGGCGCUCCGGGAGCUGGAAGAUUUCCUGCACGGUGAAGCCGAGAUACGGGCACUGCUCUAUGGCGGUGUCCAGGAGCAGGCCGACCGGCUCUGGAACUCGCUCAGUGAAGUGGACCAAAACCAGUGUCUCGGUGAGCUGCAGCAGCUCAAGAAUCGGCUCAGUGAUGUGUCUCACCGGGCCGCGCUUCAGCAGACGGACCUGCUGGCCAACGGUGAGCUCGUGCGGGCGUACAAGAAGCACCUGAGUGCCGUGAACAAUGUGCUAGUGAAGAGUAAACUGGACGACACGAUCCUGACGAUCCCGACGCUUCCCGGACGUACUGAUCACAUCAAGGUGCUGCUCAACAUGUUGCAGGCGCAGCAAAACGAGCUCGACACACUGAACGAACUAUCGCAGAAGAUAGUGGACCGUGCGGAUCAGUACAAUCGAGAGCGCGUGCAGAAGGAAGUUGGCGACGCGACCCACCAGUGGACCGGCAACGCGAAGCUGCUCGAGAAUCUGCGCGAAAACCUGGUGCAACUGCAGCAACAGUGGGAGCAGCUGGAGAGCAUCCUGCAGGAGCUGGAACUGAAGUCGAACCUGCUGCUGGAGAAGGAUCGUGGCUUGGAUCUGGUGGUGGAAUCGCGCGACCAGAUCGAGGUGAAAAAGCACAUCGUCGAGAACUUGCUGGAAGACAAGUCCGCCCUCGGCCAGCUGAACACGAAAGCGAACGCGCUCGCCAAAACGCUCAUCAAAGCCCUUCGCGAACAGAAACUAUUGCCGCAGUCGCUGGAAGAGAAACUGACGCACCUGAACGACAUCAACACUCGACUUUCGGACAACCUUUCGAAGAAAGAGCGCCAGCUGCGGGACAUUCUGAGCGAGUUGCAGCACUACCUGGGACAGAUCGGGGAGCUAGCGCAGCGCAUCGAGUCCGUGCGCAAGGAGCUGACGCAGAUUAACCCGUUCGAGGAGCGCCUCUACCAGACGGAACGAGCCCUUGGCACGGCCCGCGAGGCAGCCGAAAAUUGUAGCGUGCAGCGCGAGGAUCUUCGCCGGCGAGUGAACGAAAAGUAUCUGCCGCUGCAAAAGUUUGUGCCCACGGACCUGAAGGACGGUCUUGAACUGCUCGAUCGCCUGCUGUCCGGCAUACAGACCACGAUGGAGGACUACCAGGGUGCGUACCGGAAAGCCAAGACUAUCCGGACCGACUACUUCACAGUGUACGAUCGCAUCAAGACGUGGAUCGAGGGCGCCGAGCUGACGAUCUCCAACCAUGCGAUCGACCCGAGCGAACUGAAGAGUAAGCUGGUCGCGCUGACCAACGAGUUCGGUGACGUGCGGCUAGCCCAGGAGCAGCUGGUGCAGAACGGGAACGAAAUUAUGCGCCACUGUCAGGAACCGGGCGAUCGGACGGCCACCCAAGCUAACCUGGAACAGAUCGCGCACGAGCUGGAUAAGACGAUUGCGUCGAUCGAACAGAAAAAUCAAACCGUCGACCAGAUACUCGGCAACUGGGCCAACUUUAUGCGCCUGUACCAAUCCGUGGUGGAUUGGUCGAUCAAAAUCCGCGCCCUGCUCGAGCGCAAGCUCCAGCUCAACACCCUGCACGAGGCACAGCUCGCCUGCCAGAACUACUCCAGUGCCGUUUCUAGUCUGGCGGAUGUGUCACAGAAUUUGAGCGAAAUGAAUCACGAGUUUGACCAAAUCAACGAAGUUUGCUCGACGGCCUACCUGAAGGGCAAACUACACGAAGCGGAAACGUUGAAAAUCGACAUCGAAACAGUGCUAUUCGAAAGGAACCUGUUCCUUCACGAAACGACGGAAGAGUGGCAGCAGUACGAGCGGAAGAUUGAGGGCGUCAAGGACUGGAUUAAACACUCCUACCAGACGCUUCAAUCGAGCGAGCUCCGGAGUAAACCGCUACGUGACCAGCUGCGAAUUCUGGAGCAACUGCUGGCGGACAUUUCGGCGCAGAAGAUCAAAGUCAACAUGUCGCUGGAGAAGCUGCAGGUUCACUUCCACUCGGACAUCAUCUACACGGACAACCCGAACAUCGUGCAAAGCGGACGGGCCGUCGUCGGCGAGCUGGACAAGCUGAAUCUGGACGUGUUCCAGACGACGCAGAACCUCGAUCAGGCGCUGACGCAGAUCGAGGGCUGCCAGACGGAGAUGCAAGCGAUCCGCCAGCGGAUCGUGCACGAGGAGCAGCAGCUCCGGAAUAUCUUAUCACCACUGCAUCAGACUGGCGAUAGUGAACAACAUGAACAGGACCAUUUGACGCCGUUCGAUUGGAGCGUAGAAGAAUGUUGCGAGCAGGCAGACGCACGAUCGUCACAGUCAGCAGCAACAGUAGCAGCAGCAACAGCCUCAGCAGCGACUCCAGAACCCGCGGCAUCGGAACCACCGCCUUCCGCUGUAGCCUCCGUGUGGGGUACCGCCGGUGGUUCCGGUGCUGGUGAUGAUCGCACGUACGCGGAAGUUGUUGCCGGACUCCGGCGACGGCAGCGCCAAAGUCAGAGAUACCUAAUUCACAGCACCGAUGCGGGCAACCAAAAUGUUACAAAGAUAUCGAUUGGUGGCACGCAGGCGAAGAUUAACGUGCCAACCAGCAGCACCUUUUGCCUGUCUCCACUGUCAACCGAACCCAUCGAUGAUCCAGUCACCAACGCUACCCGCCUCUAUUCCACUCGUACCGUGGUCACUCUCGAACCGACCGACCCCAAAUCGGCCCGCCAGGAGCAGCCUGGAAACGAUGUUCGUAGAUCGCGCCGGGCUCCGAAAUCUCCACGACCGCCACCCCGCAAUGCUGACCGAACUGAACAGGGUGCUUCGAACGUGACGACGAUUAUUGGUGCUUCCUCGACACAGCCCGUCGUUGUGAUGAGCUCGGCCAGCAUGCACGAAACCAGUCAUCAGGAUGUUGCUGAGGCCGAUGCCGCCACACCUAUCGAGCACUUUGGAAACAAGACUUACGCCGAGGUACUGAAAGAAAUAGCCGCAUCGAAUCAAUGCCGUAUCCAGCAAAAGCAACCACUGGGCAAUGAACCACUUGGUGCUGCCGCGGGUGUCCUACCCAGAAACCUGGCAUCGUUGGAAGUGCCGUACACUGGCGCACGAUCCCGAUCGAGUUCGCGUAACUCUCGUUCCAAUCGAACCGGAAAUGCCGCCACGGUAUCCCGAGUAAACAUUGUGCACAGUGAACCGAAAUCUCAGCGGGGUGCCGCCGCCGCCGGUACAUGGACUGGAAAAGUGCAAAAACAUCCGAACUCAUCCACCGAUCGUAGUGCUGCUAAUCCGGUAGAUCCGCCCGCUUCCGUCGUGACCCUUGGCGCAUCCGAACAGAGUGAGCAAUCCGAAAAUACGAUCUACAAGAAGGCGAAGAAGAGUAAGAUCAAACAGCCGCCGAAACAAGUGUUUGUGACUGAAGUUGAUGUGAACAGAACGGAGGCGCCAGGGGCGCCAUCAACACCGGUGGCACCGAAACGGCGUGAUGCGGCAAAGAGUCCGAUGAAGGUGGUGUCUGUGGUGAACUUAACUGACCAACCGGACACGAAUGCGGAGACGAAAAUAUCGAUAAAGUUGAACGAAUCCCAGCCAGGCGUAGCCAUCGUAGCGGAGCAGGAACAGAGGGAACAUUAUGUGACGCAGAUCCAGCUCGAUCCCGCAGUGCAUCGUCAGCAGAUUCGCCGGAGCGCCAAACAGACGAAGAAACAACGGAAUACUUCGAACAAAUUGCAGCAGAUUGUGGUGGCACCGGAUCAAGAACAGGGACAGAACGUUUCGAUGGUUGAAAUUGCUUCGCCGAAAGAGAAAAGCGUCUCCAUCGUCGAUUUGCGCUCACCGAACGAACCUUUAACGGUUACUUCGAUCGAAUUGAAGGGUGACCAAAGUGGCUGGGAUUUGGACCGAACCGUUUCGGAAACCGAAAAUGUGACAGUUGAGAAAAUAAUCCAAGUGAUCGGUGCGCCAGCGGAGAACGUAUCAUCGAGCCGAGAUGUCGUCGUGGAAUGCACCCAAAGGAACGAAACUGUGACCUAUCAUCGGUCGGAAAUAUCUAUCCGCACUACCACGGAAGUGGUGCAAAAGCUCGACUUUGAGCUGAAUCCUUCCACCGAUGAUGUGAAAAUGGAAGAAACGGUGCUAGAAGCGACAGAUAGCGAAAUGGACAAAGAAAAUGUACAGCACUUCUCAGUAGUAACGAUGGAAGGACCGCCAAAGCACGACGGAGGAAUAAUCGUGAAAGAUGAAGCAAUUGCAAUGGACGUAUCAAGCAGCGUGGAAAGUAUAAAGCAGGACAACGACAGCUCUGAGGCGUGGUGUCCUUCCUCGAAGAAAAAGAAUAAACAGAAAAAAUCCCACAAACAAAUUGAAGUACAGAGAACACAAAAUGAAAUGGAAAAAGUUGUGCCUUUGGCGCCGAUUCCGUUGAAAAAGGAACUGGAUAAGAAGAGGACAGCAUUUGUUAGAUCAAUGCUUGUAAAUGAAGAAAGUGAUAAUAUUGAAACCGCAAGAACAACAGUGCAUCCUGUGGAAGUAAAACUGGGAAUGGAGCCAACCGCUGAGGCGAUCGUACUCAGGAACCAACCAGAAGAAUCUUUCCUAGCUGAAAUGAGUGUAACCGAUCGCGGUGCCUCAGAAGAUCCAGCCUCUGUAAAUCCUGUUGAUGUUAAACUGGAAAUGAAACCAACACAAACAUCUAUUGAACCUACGGCUGAGGAGAUCAUCCUCAUGAACCAGAGAGAGGAAUCGUUCUUAGCUGAAAUGAGCCCAAUUCAAGCAUCUAUUGAACCAACGGCUGAAGAGAUCAUGCUCAUGAACCAGAGAGAGGAAUCGUUCCUACCUGAAAUGAGCGUAAGCGAUCGUAGUGCCUCCGAAGAUCUAGUCUCGGUGAAGUCUGCUGAUGUAGAACCGGAAAUGGAACCAAUCCAAACGUCAAUUGAGCCAACGGCUGAGGAGAUCAUGCUCAUGAACCAGAGAGAGGAAUCGUUCCUAGCUGAAAUCAGCGUAAGCGAUCGUAGUACCUCCGAAGAUCUAGUCUCGGUGAAGCCAGCUGAUGUUAAACCGGAAAUGAAGCCAAUUCAAGCAUCUAUUGAACCAACGGCUGAAGAGAUCAUUCUCAUGAACCAGAAAGAAGAAUCGUUCCUUGCCGAAAUGAGCUUAACCGAUCGUAGUGCCUCCGAAGAUCUAGUCUCGGCAAAGUCUGCUGAUGUUAAACCAAAAAUGGAGCGAACACAAACAAAUAUUGAACCUACGGCUGAGGAGAUCAUGCUCAUGAACCAGAGAGAGGAAUCGUUCCUAGCUGAAAUAAGCGUAAGCGAUCGUAGUACCUCCGAAGAUCUAGUCUCGGUGAAGCCUGCUGAUGUUAAACCGGAAAUGAAGCCAAUUCAAGCAUCUAUUGAACCAAAGGCUGAAGAGAUCAUGCUCAUGAACCAGAGAGAGGAAUCGUUCCUAGCUGAAAUGAGCGUAAGCGAUCGUAGUGCCUCCGAAGAUCUAGUCUCAGUGAUGCCUGCUGAUGUUAAACCGGAAAUGAAGCCAAUUCAAGCAUCUAUUGAAACUACGGCUGAGGAGAUCAUGCUCAUGAACCAGAGAGAGGAAUCGUUCCUUGCCGAAAUGAGCUUAACCGAUCGUAGUGCCUCCGAAGAUCUAGUCUCGGCAAAGCCUGCUGAUAUUAAACCAAAAAUGGAGCAAACACAAACAUCUAUUGAACCAACGGCUGAAGAGAUCAUCCUCAUAAACCAGAGAGAGGAAUCGUUCCUAGCUGAAAUGAGCGUAAGCGAUCGUAGUGCCUCCGAAGAUCUAGUCUCGGUGAAGCCUGCUGAUGUUAAACCGGAAAUGAAGCCAAUUCAAGCAUCUAUUGAACCAACGGCUGAAGAGAUCAUCCUCAUGAACCAAAGGAAGGAAUCGAUUCUUGAAGAUAUGGAUACUCUUCAAAAUAAAAAAUCAGAAAUAGAUGCAGCUAAAAAUUCAUCGGAACUAGGCACUCAACUCGACAAUACAACAAAGAACGAUUUAUCAUCUGAUACGGUGAUUGAUAAGGGAUCGCCGGCAACAAAAGAAACCAAAGCCAUCAUCUUAUCGCCAGGCAAAGAGCAAAAGAAAAAGCAGAAAGAUAAGUUCAAAAAGAUUAAAAAAUCCGAUGCCGCCAGUAUGGCUGCGUUUCUCGAAGCGGAAAGAAAAGUCUUCGAAGCCGAGGAAGAAAAGCAGCACACCUCAGAAAAUCGGGUUGAAACGUGUGAUCAAACCUCUCCCGCGAGUGCCUGUUCGAUCACCAAGGAGCAAAUUGAUACGAUCAUCGUUGGCAUUAACUUCGACCGUCAGGUUUCGCUUUCGAACGUGGCUGCCACCGAAGGUACUAUGGGCGAAGUGGGAACAAGCAAACCGUGCGAUGAGCCAUUCGUGGUGAGUUUACCCGCUAGCCCCGUGAGGAAUGUGCACGAGUUCCGCAGCAAUCUAGUGUUUGAAGAUUAUGACUUUAUGCACGAAUCUCCGGUGAAGCGGUUGCAGGAACGGGAUUCGGUUGACGGGAAGAGCGGUGGCCGGUCUAAGGAAGUGAAAUUCAAACCGACACUAGAAAGUAUUCCCUCGGAUGGUGAUUUGUUGCAAAAGGGUGAAACUGGCGGGAAAAUUGCCAUGGCCGAACAGACCACGAACGUUUCCGCUCCGAAGCCUGCCAGUGAUCGGCAGCCGGUGACCACUGAACGAAAUCCCAGCGGGCCGGACACUGCGAAGGAAGGCAGCGAUCCGAUGCAGCAGCUUUUAAUUAACGAGCGGUGGCGGGACAAUCGACAGAAAAUUUCCAUGAUCACCCACGAAGAGUACCUGCUGCAGCCGGUUUCGCACAUCCGGUUGUCGCUGCCGAAAAUAACUGCUCAACAGAUCGAACGUCUGCCGAAAGAUGUAACGAUCGACGUCGUGCCGCUGGAACCGAUCGUGCUUGAAACGCCAAAGGACGAAGAGAUCGGGCGGAUGCACGAUGACGGUGCACGGGAUCACGAGGAUCAUGAGGUAGCUACCGUGGUGUCGGUGUUGGAUAUUUCACCGUCCGUGGUGUACGAAACCCAAUCGGUGGACGUACUGGAGAAAGAAGCGUCCUUACCGAGUGCGGACGAUGUUUACCCGAGUAUGGCAACGGAAGCCCAGCAUUCCGACCUGGGUACGGUGUUGGUCGGUGAAACGCAGGAGUCUACGCGUCAGUUGUAUACAACGACCACAACAUCCGUCCUGUACCGUACGAGCACGGUAACGUACGUGCAAUCGGAAGAUCAGGAAGAGAUCGCUGAGAGCUAUACAAAUCCCACGGUGGUGGAACAAAGUGUAGCGACGGAGCACCCGGCUGGUUUAGAUAGUUCCUCCUACUCAGAAGCGAAUCGAAGCAUGGAAGAGCAUACGAUCGCAAUGGAGAGGAUCGCGCUGGACGAACAGUCGUUCGAUGAGUCUCAAGCACUAGAACUUUCGAUAGCUAGCACGAUCGCCGAGGAUGAUCAGCGGCGUGAGCUGAGCAUGGCGGAUCGUAGCAUGGAGGAACACACGAUAGCAGCGGAACAAAUCAUUGCUAGUGCGCUCGAGCUGGAAAACGUUUCUCCGUACAACUAUUGGCAAUACCACGAUGCAGAGAAGCAUUACAUUCAGCAUUUCGCCAUGCCGGCGGCGGUUGGCAGUGGAAAAGAGGCAGUGGUGGCGGCGGCGACAAUGGAUACCGUGCGGUCGGACCCACCUCUAGUGGAACCGAGGCUCGACACAUCUGGUUUGAGCAUAAGCGCUGAAGAUGCACCCGUAGAUUUGAACACGGCGGUGGAACACGGACACGGUGACGCUGCGAACGAACGGCAGCUUGAGGAAAUCUAUCGCACUUUACAACAAUCGUACCUUAGCGUUUGGCAGCUUCGAGAAGCUGAGGAUAGCUAUCAGCAGCACCAAGCUGUGAGCGAACAGGUGCUAGUGCCGGCAGAACAAGAAUCAAUGGAAUCGCUUCCACAGCUUUCCGUAGGCUGCGAAGAGUCGGUUUUGGUAGAAGCAAGGGAAGCUUCUCGACGGUCUGACAGUGAGGGACUAGAGGUGAUGAAAGGCUUGGCGCACUCUGUUACAAAUCGUUGGCAGUUGAAGGACGCUGAAGCGAGAUAUGAAAUUGAUCGUGCACGGCAGAAGACGGAUAGUGUUUCUUCCGAAUCUAACGACACUGAACAAACGACUAGCAGCGUCUUGCAGGGAGCUCCCGAGGAACGUUUGUUGGUGCGAAGGCGCGAAGAAUCCUUCACGGCCAACACCCAACGGGCCGUUAGCCGUUCUGGGAUAAGCUUCCUGAAUCUCCCUGUGGAUGCACAACGUGGGGAAAUUGAAAUGAAAAUCGCCAGCAUUGAGGCUAGCGAAACGGUGCUCGAAUCCACCUGCUCCGAAUCCUCUUCCGAUCAUCAGCAACCCGACGACGGUGAAAUGCUGGUGGAAGGAAAAUUGCUAGUCGAGGUGAAGGGUAUUCCGCGGUCUGCGGUCGCAGGUGAUCCACUCGGUCGGAAAGACAAGCGUAAGAAGGAGAAGAAAAAACUGAAAGUCCUACCACCGGUCGAGGAUUCGGAUGCUUCACCUUCGCCGGCCGUGGCACCGGCCGCAGCACCGUUGGUCAAUGUGUGGGAAGAGAUGAAAGGUAAGAAGACAUACGCCGAAGUCCUGGCGGGUUCCGAGGCGGAAAGGAGAAUGCUUGCACAGAUCGGGGCACCUCUCGGGGUUACCGAGGAGUCCGCUGCGCGAAAGGAAAGCGUGGUCGAAUUAGAACUCAGUGAUGAGCACGAUCUUCAGACGUUCAUUGAUAGUAACCGAUACAGCCAGCAGGUCACGGCUUCAAGCGUUUCGUGGGCCGAUGAAGAAUAUGAUGAACAGGAUGUCAGCUCCAACGUCUCCCUGCCAGAGGAUGCAAAGGCGGUGGACAUAUCAGAAAUAAGUGACGAGCCCAAAAUAGUGGUGGAGCAGGUUGAUGAGGUCAGGUUCGAAACGAUCGCACAAGAAACGCGCGAUCCGGGAUCGAAACCUAAGAGGCAGAGAAACAGAAACAAGAAGCAAGCAUCAGUGGAAAAGGAACCGGAAAGUGGGUCGAAUCUAGCGGUCGCUACAUCCACGUCCUCCGUUCCGCUGUCGGAGUCUCCAAAGGAAAUAGCACAUCUUCUGGAGCAUGAUCGCCAUGAACCAGUGGAGAUGCUUGAGAUUUCCGGUGAACCACUUGAUGUGGAUCACGAAAAGCGGGUACAGUUCUCAGCGGAGCUCGAAAUCCUUAAGGACGUUCCCUUGUCGGAAUCCCCGAAAGAAAUUGAGCAUCUUUUGGAGCACUCACACGCGGAAGCACCGUUGAAGAUCGCUGAAGAGCCGUCGAUCACCGGCACACCCGGUGAUGAAGAUACGGGCAAGCAUGUACAUUUUGUGAGUGAAAUUGAAAUCCUUCCGCCUAUUCCACUGUCGGAAUCGGCGAAAGAAAUUGAGAGCUUGGGCCAGGCAAAGUUGACCAUCGAAGGAACAGUUCCGGUGAAGGUCACAGAAGAAGAUUCGUUGCUCGUUUCUGCGCACUCGUUGGUUGGCGAAAGUCAAGCACGAUCGGUGCAGUUUGUGGAGGAAGUAGUCAUCCUUCCGGCCGUUCCUCUGUCUGAGUCGGCCAAAGAAAUUGAGCGAUUGAGCCGAAGUGCAUCGGUCGAAGCUCUGUCCGCUAGUUCUCCAACGGAGGAGGAUAUCGCAGAUGACCGGGAUGCUGGGGUGAACAAGCGCGUCCAGUUUGUGGCGGAAGUGGUGAUCCUACCAACCGUACCACUUUCGGAGUCAGCGAAGGAAGUGAAGUCCUUGCAGGAGGAAGCACACCAGCCAUCGGAAUCGCGCGAUUUGAUCGCCCAAACUGAGGAACUGCAGGAUCUACCGAUCCGGGUGGAAGAUGGCGAUAAGCGGGUUCAUUUUGAACCGGUGGUAGAGGUACUGCAAGUGGUCCCGUUUUCAGAAUCGGUUAGAGAAACCGAGCGCCUUGUGGAGGGUAAUAGAGCGGAAGAACCAGUGUCAGAAGAAUCCCCGACACAAGAGGACGCCAGUGUUGGCGGACCACGGCGAAAGGUUUCAUUUUCGCAAACGAUCGUUAAAAUUGAUACGCCGGUGGACGAUGAUGAUUUCGAAGUUAUCGAUAUGACGGAUGUGGCCACUGCCCCCGCCAGUCUCGAAGAGAAUCUAACAGAAUCCAUGGUGGACGAUGCACCGGUUGAUGAGCCGGUUAGGGACAUCGCUCCGGUGGAUGUAGAGAGUACGGCGCCCUCGGGGAUGCUGUACUCAGAGGUAGUGGCGCAAAGCCCUGCGAAGAACGUUGCUGGCGGUGGUUCGUUCAGUGUCACGGAUUUGGAUGAAGAAACAAUGAUCACAGAAAACUAUGUAGUCAUUCAAGAAAUAACGAUCGAUCGUAGUGAAUCGGAUCGAGGCAAGCUUGAAAUAGUAGACCAAUCUGUUCAAGCCGAGUUGCGCACAAAAUUGGAACGACCGAGUGCUGAAGAUUCCGACCUAAUGGUGCAGGUUACGGACAUCCACGCGGAAGAGGUGGUAGUUGUGCCAAGGUUUGGUGAAAUAGGGCAAGAGUCAGGUAGCGUCGCUUUAGACACUUUUCAGACAGAAGAUGAUUCGUUAGGCACGGAAGAAAAGGCUAGCAGUGAAGAGUGCUCGCCCAUGCAGGCAUUGUACAAUCUUUGGCAGAACAAGUCUUGGCUUGAUCGUUCGGUUUACGGGAAGGCGGAAGAGCAGUAUGUGCUCCUGAAGACAGCGGCAACGGCUACAGCCGGUGCUGUUGUGGAUCAGUCGGAUAAAGCCCGUGAAAUCGCACUCGAUCCCAGUCCCACCGUCGACCCUUCCACCCUUCCCAUAGGUUCAACGGACAGCGUAGAAUUAAGUAAACAGAAUGUGGCUGAAUGCACAAACCGUAAACAGACACUAGUGGCGCAAAGUGUGGAAAGUAUUCUGGACUCGCUGAUCAGUGCGGAGCUAGAGAUGAACAAUCUACCGUACGACAACGUUAACGAUCUCAUCAAGGGUCUGCAGAUCCUGAUAACGAACCUCGCGGAAUACAAGCAACAGAAUUAUGCGAUCGCGGGAUCAUUACCGCCGAACGCGGACCGUCACGUUCGCAGUUCGGUCGAACAGAUUGACGAGCGAAUCGAUACGCUGCGGCAGAGGGCGGAAAAUGGACUCGAAAAGAUACAGCAAACCCUCAAACAACGCGAACAACGAAAAAUCGAAAUCCGAGACUAUUUGCAGCUACUGGAGGAGAUUGAACGGUGGAUCGCCGGCGCCAGCAUUCACCUGACCGAGGUGACGGAAUGCAGUACGGAGGAAGAGGCCCGGCGUCGUCUGCAGGACGACCAGGCCGUGUUGAGUGAUCUCCGGGCGAAAGAAACCUAUUUGCAGGAAGUGUUCGACAAGACGGAACCGUAUCUGGUGUACAACGAUGUAUCCGAGCGGACGGCUACGUUGCGUGAAAAUCUGACCCUGUUGAUCCGUAUUCUGCGAGAAAAGGCGCUAAUUUUAGAGAACAACAUUCAGCGGUUGACGGCGCAUCUUGACCCAGGCUCUACCGCCGCCGUGACCGUGGCACCACAAACGGUAGAUAUUGAAAGUCAAACGAGUCCGUUCACUUCCAUCACGGAAUCCGAAGUGCUGCCGGCCGCGGUUGAGCAAAGAGUGGCCAUUCCUUCGACUUCGGUAUCGGCUCAAACGCAAAUCGAUGAACCCACCACGACCAUCACCACGGACAACAUACUGAUCAUUCAGUCGGUGGCAAAUGGACGCGAAACGGUGCAGAUAUCGAACGUUCCGCGGACUUUUCACGGACCAGCGGGCGAGGAGGCCGGCGAGGAGGCGGUGGUGGUCGAGGCAAAGUACACACAGCCGAUGGCGGGCCGAGAAUGGGAUCGAUCGUCGGAACUGUUGGUGCGAAACAUCCCGAGUCAGUUCGAGACAACAUUCACCGAGCCCGAUGAUACGACGACGGAAAUCAUUGUGAACCGGGACGGUUCGAAGAAGAUCACACUCCGCAAGGUUAUGCAACCGGCCCAAUCGAUCGAACCGGCGGCCACAACGGCCUCCGGGAAGGCUUCAAUUGUUACUUCGAUCGAUAUGGUAGCGCACGCCAUGGAACCGAUUACCAGUGUGGAAGGGGUUGAUGUUGAGCUGUUGGCAGAGGAAGACAGAGAGAUCGUGAGUGAACCGUCCGUACGGGAGGCCACAGUCAGUGCCGUAGAGGAUGCGGCCGAAACGGUGGUGAGCGAGAUACUGGACGAACUGCAGAAGCAGGUGAUCGACAGCGAGCAACCUGAUGGUGAUGCUGGGCAGCAAGAGCAAGUGGAGGAGCUGCCACAGGUAUUCGAUUCACAUGACCAAACCGCACCAGUAGAGUUGAUUGCUUCUCACGUUGAGUCACCAACUAGUACUAGUAAACAAUUAGGCGAUGCCUCUGAAGCCACUGUUACCGCCACGGACGCCGUAACCCAUUCCUUAAGCCUUACUCAACCAAUUACAGCCAGCGAGGAACUGAGUGUAGCCCCACCCGAACCAGAACCGAUCGAGUCGAUCGAUGAUGUCUGGCCAGUGGCUGAACAUAUCGUUGGUGGUGGGGUGGUUACGUUUGCAGAAGGAAAACAGACCGUGCCAACAAGCGUCAGCCACGAUGAAACAGGAGCAGUUUAUAGUGACGUCGCUAAUGUAUGGCCGACAAGUCCGGUACGUGGCUCCGACUACAUCGAAAUUGAGCCAACUCUGCUAGAAUCGGUGGAAGAGACGAUAACCGUUGUGUUGGACGAUAAUCUAUCAACGAUAGUGAGAAGAGAUCUAGAAAUUGUUGUACCGAUCAGUAUGGAAGGCGAAAGAUUCGAAGAAACUGGUAUUGCCCCUACAACCACGAUCGAGGUUGGGGAAGAAAUAAUCGUUCCGAUCGCACUGGAAACCGAAAGUGAUAAGAAGUUUGACACUACCGCAUCGAGUGAAGUUCUGAAGGCGUCUGCAGCUAAAGAACAGCAUCAAGAAAUUGUUGUACCGAUCGUUGUUGAAAAGGAAAAAGAUAGCGCUACCGCAUCUUCAAUAGCGAUCGAUACCGUAUUUGAAACGAUCGAAACAGUACAGCGUGAUGAAGAAAUUGAAGUACCCAUCAGAGUUGAAGGCCAAAGUACUGAUGUGCAAGAUACUGCACCAACGACAUUAACUGGUGGCGCAACAGUGGAACUUACUCAAGAAAUUGACGUACCUAUUAUAGUUCGAAUAGCAGAUAGUGCACCGAUGGAAACUCAGAAGACCGAUGUCCUAGAGUCCGUGGAAGUGGAACGGGACAGUACAAUGUCGGUACCGAUAUCUGUUGAUGUGGAAAGUAGUCAACUAAGUGGCACUACAGCACCGGUCGAAGCAAUAACUGAGCAUCUAACGAUCUCGCACCAAGUACCCGAAGACUCGCUGCUGGUAAAGGAAGUAUUAGUUAGUGUUCCAGAAAUAUCACCACUACAAUCACCACCGGUUGUGGAAACCGUUGUUACACGAACUGUCGAUACAAUAGAGGGAUUGGAAGGUUCCACAACCAUUCUCGAGACGGUGGUCGUAACGAAAACGAUCACAAUGGAAGAAGUAAUCGAGGUGCCCGGGGAAGAAAUGGCCGAACUGGUAACCGAAGAAGAACUAGCCGAUGAAGGAGAACGCGUCAUCGUGGAAAAGGUUACCCACGUGACAACCGUUGUCGAGCGGAUCGAUGCUGACAUGCCACCAGAUGAGCCUGAUCAUGCCGAGCGUCUGUUGGAACUAGCGAUUCUAGAGCCCGGAGACCCCACCGUCCCCCCAAGUGAUCCAUCGGUGACCAUUACCGACGAGGAACCGAACCUUGAGGUACAGGUGGCCACGGUUGACGGGACAAUGCAAAGCUCACUGAAGGUGACAAUGAGUGUGGAUCCGUCGGAAACGAAAAAGGUUAGUGUAAGUUUGAUCGAGAUCAAAGCGACACCGGCCAUGGACGAUCCACAAAGCAGUUCGGUCUCGGCACCGCAGUCGGUGGAGUAUGAGGAGAUUGCCGGCUUAGGAGAGGUCAACAUCGACCAAGGAUACGAAGCCGAUAAGACCGCGACCGCGGACGCCGAGGACGCCGAUGGCGAUGAUAAGGGCAAAAAGAAACGACGAAAGCGAAAGAAGGCAAAGAAUGACAACGAAAAAGCGUGCAAUACGGAUCCUGGUCCUCCUCCAGAGAGCACCGAACGAAAGGCAGAGGAGCCACCGGUUGAACGGCUAGCGGUGACUCAAGAGUCCGAGCAGGGCUUUGAGUCGUACCAAAGCUUCGCGGAAGAAGAUCAACCGAUGGUUAGUACGGUCAACGUGCUGGAAGAAUCGGUCGAACCGGAGAUGGUCGAAGUGCCCGUGGGCAUUCAGGAGCAGAUUGUUGUACCCACCGAGGUGAUCGAAGCGGUUUACAUCGAGGAUGUGCAGCAGCAAACGAGCCCGGUUCAGGACGAUGACGACGCCGAGAUAGCUAACAUUACCUCGGAGCGGUUGAUGGUUCCGAUCACCGAUUCGGAACAGCGCUCGAUGCAGACAUCUCCGGAACCGGAAGUACCGCGAACAUCCCAGCAGACGUCUCCGAUGGCGGUCGAGGCGGGUUUGGAAAUGCGUAGCGAGCAGCAAACGAAAGAGAUUCAAACAGUGCUGGCGGAAGUCGUUGAGAUUGAAACGCAAACAUCGGCACCACCCUCACUGCAGCAAAGCGCCCAAACGGAUGAACCGGUGGCCGUGGAUGUUCCGAAGGCCGUUGUGACUAGUGAUACCGCUAAUCAAACGGCAACGAUCGAAACGAAAGAAACGCACCAGCAAGCCACGGACACCGAAGAGAUCGUGGGCCCCAUUCUGGGACAAAUCGUACGGGAUGUGGUUGAUCCAGCGAUGAUUUACCGGCGCCAAUCCAUGCAAACGAGUCCAGUGCAGUUUCAGGCGGAAGUGCGAACGUCGGAUGAAGGAGCACAGACCACCGUUCUGGAACUGCAGGAUGCGAAUGUGGAGACAGAAGCGGUAGCGAGAGAGGACCGUGGAAAUUCUCCAGCAUCCGAAGUGAUGGAUAGCGCUACCUUGGGGCAGCCACCUACGACGAUGACGACGACGACAGACUCGGCCAUCCAGACAAGUCCAAUGCAUGUUGCGGAACUUGCCGUUACACCAAAGUACGAAAUUCAGGACGAAAUCCUAAUACAAACUGUGGCACCGACUACGGAGAGCAGGGAUAUGCAGACCGAUCGCGUGCUGACCGCCGAAACGGAUGCCGGACAAACGGGCCAAAUAACAGAGAUUACGGAAACCGUGACCAUUAGUACGCAAACGAAAGCCACCGAGCCGCCAGAGGAGCCAGCAAGCGACGAGAAGGAGAGCAAACGGUCGAAGAAGAAGAAAUCAAAGAAAUCCAAGGACAGCCGUAUUCCGAUCGAGGUGGAAGUUAGCGCGCAGAUGAUCGUGCCUAGCACGAGUCAGCAAGGAGUGCUUGGAGCGGGUGCGGUCGUUGGCGGCAAUGAAACGGUAACGGUGACCAAAACGAUCGUCACGGACACGGGAGCAAGUGGGCCUGAUGUCGGGUUGAGCAUUCAGGUCGAGAUUGACCCUACGUAUGGAACGGUAGAAGAGAGCUUAACGACCGCAGAACCACCAGCAAGUUGCCCGAUCAACGAGUCCUUGGAUGCUGCCCAAAGCCAGAGUCUACGGUUGAGUUUGGCCGACUACUUCUCGAUCAUCAAAUCGCAGCAAGGAUACGCCGAAAAGCGACUUAUUCCGUGGCGGGAUAUAAAUGAAAUGUUUGACACGACAACGGCGGCGUUGGUGCCGAUGAGCCCGGAUGAUCCACGCAGAGAUCGCUACCGGAUGGCACUGCGAUCGAUCAGUUUCAGUGGCGAGGAAGACGACGCAGCAGCCGAAACAAAAGAUCUUGAGCACGUGCUGGCGCUGCUACAGGACCACCAAGGGGAGCCACUUGUUCAGCAGCAGCUGCUGUUUGAUGUGGUGGAGAGUGUGACCCGAUCGCUGGAGGAUCUCGAUGGUGGGCUGUGUUUGGCACAGCAGCAGAGUGGCAGCGCCGAGGGCAGUUUGGCACCGCCGAUCGAUCGGGCAAAGUUGCACCGGAUCUACAAGAUUCGGUUGAUCCGCAUCGAAGAGCACAUCUUGCGGAUCAUCACGUACGUGCAGCGGGCGAAGGUUGGCCCCAACAGCAAGGAGGUUGACGAGUGCCUGAACCAUUUGCUCAGACAGGUGAAGCUGCUGGAGCAAGCGGUGACCAACGAGGAGCGCAAUAUCGACGCCAAUGCCACCAACAUGCGCCGGAUCACGGACGCGAUGCGCGAUAUGAACCGACAGCUGGAAUCGCUCGAGGGAGCACUGCAGGCACUGGGCGCCAACGAGUCCAUCCCGAUCGGGCACAAGCUGGUGGAGCUGGAGGGCAUCGAAACCACCUGCCGGUCAGUGCAGAACGCGCUGAACACGCUCACCAACGAGUACAACGGAAUCGAACAGCCGGCCAAGGUAGGGGGAGAUGGAAAGGUGGCGGCGGAGCUGGACCAGAACACGCAGCAGUUGCGCCGCCUGGAAAACGGGAUCGUGCUCGAGCGUAACAAGCUCCUGCAGCUGAACAGCUUGGCGGACGAAUACGAGCAGACGCUGCUCGAGUUCCAGGAGAUCACGGCCGCGGCGGAGCUGUUUAUCGAGAACGAGAUCGUAACCGGGUCGCUGGAGGAGCUCCAGGAGGAGAUGCAACGGUACCGAAAGUUCUUCGUUAACCUGAACCACUGUAAAGCGAUUCUGGAGUCGCUGGAAGCGAACCUUGACCCACUAACCAGGCAGAAGCACGCGGAGCUUCACUCGUCACUCUACAACCGCACGAAACUGAUCCUGGAGAGUGCUGUCGACCGGGCGGGCAAACUGGCGCUGGCCGCCUCCCGGUGGACGGUGCUCGAGAAAGAGAUGUUGGCCGAGAGUCAGUGGCUGCAGGUGGCCCAGCAGCGCGUGCCGGACCUGGCGAACGUGUCCUCGGCCGACUACGAGCGGUACAUGACGAUGUACGAAUCGCUCGCCCAGGACAUUGGGAACCAUUUGGAGAAGAUGCGCAUCCACAACGCGACGGCCCGGGCCAUGCAGGAACUCAUCACGGCCCCGGUCCUCGAGAAGGACAGCUCCGAUGCGCUCGUGGUGGUGAUACAGCUUCGCGAGGAAGUUCAGCUAUAUCUGCGGCUGCUAACCAAGUUCAAAAUGCACUGGCACCGGUACAAUGUGCACGCGGACAAGCUGGGCGACUGGCUGCACGAGUGCCAGGGGAAGCUGGCCACCAUCAGCAUCGGACAAAACCUGGCCGAAACACCCGUCGACGAUAUGCGGUCGUUCUGGGAGAUUAAGGCACAGUACGAAGUGCUCAACAAUAAGGUGUACCGAGGGGCGUGCGAUUCGUUCGAUCUGGCCCUGGGCACGAUCGAGGUGACGGAUGAGCAGCUGCAGCGGCAGCUGCAUGGACAACUGCUUGACAACUGGCUCGUGGUAUCCGCCCGAAUCGCCGAUCUGCAGCGGAACAUUGCGGACUCGAUCAAGACGACGGCCACGCCGCCGGGCGAGAAGAUUGCGUUCUUCGAGCAGGAAUUGGCCGAAAUUGGGCGCGAGUUUGACGGCAGCAAGACGGUACUGAAGAGCCAAGAGGACCUGUACGGGUAUAUAGAGCGCAUGCAGAUGCUAAAGACGCGCAUCCAGCUGGUCGACACGGAGCUGGGCCAGUUGGCGCUGGCGCUCGACUACGACACCGAGAAGGUGAGUGCGAUCUUCCAGCUGUCGCGUCGCCUAUCGCUCCAGAUUGCAGAGGAGCUUGAGGCGGCCGACACGUUCUACCGCCGGCUGGAGGACAUUGAGACGGGUAUCAAAGCGCAAGAACAGCGCCUGACCGAGAUUGCCCGCGUGCUGGACGAGUGCGGUGACAGUGUGAAUGGGAAGCGAUCGGCGGUAGAGAAGGCACUGGGCGACUGUAAAGACUGCCAGGAUGCGCUGGGCCCGUGCUGGAAUGAGCUGAUGCGCCUGCGACAGAUGCUGCACACGUUGCCGAUGAACCUGAAGGUGUCCGUGUCGCCGCUCCAGACCGAGCGCGAUCUGUCGACGCUCCAGAACGUACACAGCGAUCUCGAGCGGCGCUGCGACCAGGUUGGCACGCUGCUCCGCAAUCGGCAGACGCUGUGGAACAAGUUCCACCGCCAGCUCGACGCGAUCCAGGAGCACGUGCAGGAGACGGAGUUUAUGAUGGAACUGCUGCAGCUGCAGGAGAGCGCCGAUUACAACCGGUUGCUGAAGGCGACCGAACGGUUGGAUACCCUCCUAGCGGACAUUGAAAGCCGCAAAGAUAUGAUAGAGGACCUGCAGACGAUCGCGCAGCCGCUGGUGGAAACGUCCGACGCGAGUGUGUCGGCGGAGAUACAGGAAACGGUGCAGCAGAUCAGUGUGGUGUGGGAGAGCACCCGGGAGAAUCUGCGGGAUCUGUGCGAUCGCUACGAGAAGGCUGUCAAGCUGUGGCAACACUAUCACGACGUUUGCGACACGGUCAAAGAGUGGGUUAACCACGAGUUCACCGAGUAUGACGAUUUGCGCCGUCUGGAGGAUCUACCGCAGGUGGAGGUGUACCAGAGGGCGCUGCUUGAUCAGCGCCAGGAGGUGGACAAGCUGCGCAAGCUGAUCGGUGAGAUAAACGAACAGGUUGGGUUCAGCAUCGGCGAUGCGCUGUUGGCGGAGAUAGACGAGUACGGCAAAAAGCUGGAGGACAUCGAGCAGGGGGUGAUCGAGCGGCGCGUCAAGGUGCACGAUCGCAACGCGCUACACGUCGAGAGGGCUGACGUUACGCAAGCCUCCCGUGGCGUGCUAGAGCACGUGCAAGAGAGUCUACAACAGAAGCAGCAGGCAGUGGAUACGGAAAAUCUGAGCAACAAAAUUGUCGAUUUGCGUUCGUACCUGCUGAGCCUGUGCGGUACGAUGGCCCGGCUGAAGGAGAUCCACGCUACCACUUCGGCCACCAGCCACCGGGAGCGUGCCCGAGACGACAAUGGCAACCUACAGAACCUUCACUCUGUGUCCCAGAACCUGCUACAAGAUACGUACCAACAGUACCAGGAACUGGUACAGCAGCUCGUCUUCACCACGGACGACGACGCUCGGUUGCUCGACUUUUGGCAGGAGUACCUACAGUUCGUGCAAACGUUCCUCUCCACCGGCAUCCCGAGUGACUAUGGCCGGCUGAGGGCCCACCGCGAGCAGUGUCUUCUUAUCCGAACACUUUUGGUCGGCCUACGGAAGGAGCUGCUGCAACGGGGCAAAAUCGAUGUCCGGCUGGUCGAUCGGUAUAACGAGCUGAGUCUGCUGUACGGCGAACGGGUCGAGCGGUACGAGGAGCGCAUCACGGAGAUCGAUAACCGGCUGUGGCACUGGGAAAAGUUUCGUGCACUGGGCGCCCGUCUGCACGACGCGUUGGCCAACGUCGAGCGGGAAAAGUUUACCCUCCAGCUGGAGUACAUCAAUCUGCAGGAGCUGCCGAAGCUGAUCGCGAAGGUGAACGCGCUGCUGGUGCAGUUCCCGCGGAUGGAGGGCGAACUGGACGCGAUGGCCGCCGAGAUGGCUCAGCUGGCGCUGUACGCGAAGGACGGCGACGAGGGCACGUUGAUUGGGGCCCGCAGCGAGCAGGGCAAGAUCGGCGAGAAGAUCGGCAAACUGCAGGACAACGUGGAAACGUGGAAAAACUUCCUGUUCGGUAUCGACGAGCUGUACGGUCGGUUCACGCGCCGCGCGUACGAGGUGGAGAGUAGCUUGCACGAGCUUCAGGAGUGCCUCGGCGAGCUGGAAGCGGGCCAAGUGGAAGCGAAACUGAACCUCGUCCGGAACUACCACGUCCGGUUGGGCACGGUACGGGAGGGCGGUCUGCAGGAGAUUGGCCAGCUGCAGGACGAACUGAAGGUGUGCAUCAGCAUGUUCGAUGUGCGCCGUCUGCACAAACGUGUGUGGACCCUGUGGCAACUUUACGGCAAGCUCGAGCAACGGAUCGUGCUGGUGAUGAAGCGCACAGAGGAGAGCACCCGCAAUCGGAAGCUGUUCUUCGACCAGUACCGAGUGCUGCUCGAAUGGAUGCAGCAGUUCGAGGACACCAAACUGAACGACGAUUCCAAUCGGUACGAAGCGUGCACCGACGACCAGGAGUUUAUCCGCGGGGUCGAGGAAUCGACGCGGCAAGAGCUGGCCCUGAAGGAGUACGAAAAGGACUGGCUUACGGCGACGGGCAAGGGGUUGCUGGCGCACAGCUCGCCCGACGAGCAAGCGGAAGUGAUGGUGCACCUGGAGCAGCUCCACGCCCGUUGGGAUCACCUGCAACGGCUGUGUGACAGUCGAUCGCAGAAAAUUACCGAAAUCGAGCUGACCGUGCGGUCGCUCGAGACACGCAUCGCCGAGAUUAAGGCGUGGAUGGUGGGCAUCGAGCGGGAACUGCGGGCACCGUUCGCCACGAUCGACAGUAUGGAGAAGACGGUCCUCGACCGGUUGCUGGACGAUUACGAGAAGCUGCAGCGCUCGAUCGAAGCCAACAGUGGCAACGUGGCGGAGGUGUUGAACCUUUGCGAGCUGCUGUUUAUUGACGUGCAGUCGUGGAACGUGCAUAUCGAUCGGCGCAGCAUCCAGAACGACGCAAAGGACCUGGACUUGCGGUGGAAGACCGUUUGUUGCGAGUCCGGACGUCGCAAGCAGGACCUGCUGGCCGUGUGGAACAUGCUGCUGGAGCUGCAGAAGAUCGUGGAAUCGCACCAGGACUGGGUAACGGAGCAGGAUCGGUACGUACAGCGGGCAGAGGAGCUACUCGGUAGCUACGAUGGUGAACGGAUGGACGAAGAACUCGAAACGAUCGCGAUCCGCAUGAGCGACAUAGCCGCCCAGGAACCGAUACAGUGCAUCAUGCGGCGACUGUACGUGUCGCUCGUGCACAACGAUCGCAUUGCCAGCGAUGGGCUGCGCGUGAUAACGGGCCCGGCGUCCCAGAUGCUGACCAUCUGGGAGCGUCUUCAGGUUCGCUUCUGUACGCUCCGUACCGAGCUCGAGCGCUAUCGGUCGGAGUACGGCACGUUCGUAGUCGAGUACGAGCGCAUCAUUCUGGCGUUGACCCAAAUCGACGUGCAAGUGACCCAGAUCGAGCACCUUCCGGCCGGCCCCGGCCCCGAGUCGGACCUUCAGCGGCUACAGGAGCUACACAGCGAGCUGCUGUUGGUGGUGGAUCUGUUCGAAAAGGAAGACACACUCGGGACGAACCUCGUGGAACGACACUCGACCAACAAUGCGAUGAGCGAAGACAUCCGGCAGCGAAUGGCCGAAUACCAUCGGCUGGGCAAUGGCAUCAAGGACCGGCUCGAUGCGCUCCUGGAGCGGACGGCAGCAGCGCUGGCGUCGUCGUUGGGCCGCGAGACAGACUCGGUGGCGGUUCAGGUCGACACGCUCCGGUUGGGCCGCAGCGAGUCCAUCACGGCCAAGGAUGCGUACCGUUACCAGCUAGAGACGGCCCUCGGCGAAGCAGCCUCCAACUUGCGCCAGUUGCACGAAGCGAUCGAAGCCAUCAACGCGAACAACUUUAUGUCCUCGACGCAGAACGUGUCGAAAGCGUCGGCCGCCUGCGAAUCGUCGAUCGAGCUGAUCAAGCACCUCAGCACGUUGCUCCAAUCGGAAUGUUCGGCGACGGCAUCCGAAGCGUUUGCCGGGCAAGUCCUGCACGAGGUCGAACGCUACCAGCGGAUGCUGGCGGAGUGGAAAGGAAAGCAACAGCAACUCGAGGAGUCUAGGAUCAUACCUAAAGCUUACAAUUUUAACUGCAUACACAAUGCCGACUACCUAACGUGCCCGCUGUGUACGAACCGGAACUGGCAGCAGAUCGACAAUGAUCUGUGGCGUUUGGAGCAGUGGCUCUCGAUGGCCGAAGCGGCCCAGAGGGCCCAGCUCUCGAGCCCGCCGUCCGACAUCGACGCCCUGGAGGACACGAUACAGGACCAUCGGGAGUUCCUGCUCGACCUGGACAGCCACAAGAGCAUCAUCAAGUCACUUAACAUUGUCGGCGAGCAUUUGGCAACGCACACGCGCGACACCGGGCGGGCCACGAAGCUGCGGGAGCGGCUGCAAAUGAACAACGGACGCUGGGAUAGGGUCUGCAAUGGGGCCUCGCGAUGGCAGUCGGCGCUGAACAGUGCGCUGAUGGAGAACCGGGAGUUCCACCGUACGAUCGGUGAACUGAGCGGUUGGCUGGAGCAGACCGAGGCACGCAUCAAGGCCUCGGAACCGAUCGACCUAACCAGCAGCGAUCAGCGGGCGGUCGAGAAGAAGUAUCGCAUGUUCCGCGAGCUACGCGCCGAUCUGAUGCGCUGCGAGCCGCGUGUCGUUAGUCUGCAGGAAACGACCUCGCAGCUGACGAAGUACGUGGACGCGAACAAAUCGGAAAAGUUCGACGAAGUGUACGCAAAGUUGACCGAUCUGCGAUUACGGUUCCACUCGAUACGGCGUCUGGUGGAAAUGUACAUCAUCAAAAUCGGUGCCGCCCUGGGCCACGACAGUAGAACUAGCUUGGGUGAGGUGCCGCCUGGCCGCGCAUCGGUCGCGUCGUCCGCAGCAUCACUCGCGUACGACGGCAUUAGGCGCCGCCGGACCUCACAGGACGAGCAGCAGGAGCAGCAGAACGGAGCCCGCAACCAUCCACCAUUAGCAACGGCACACGAUUCCAGUACAAAUGCUGGCACCGGAGACACGGAGGGAGACGACGAUGUCAUCAACACUACGAUCCUGAGAAGAAGCUAUCGCUUCUUGGGUCGUGUCAUUCGUGCCUCGCUCCCGAUCCAAGCGAUGCUGCUGUUGCUGCUCGGUGUGGUCACGCUCAUGCCCCACGGUGAAGAGUACUCCUGCACGCUGGCCAACAACUUUGCGCGCAGCCUCGAACCGAUGCUACGCUAUCCGAACGGACCACCGCCAAUAUAGUGCACCGCAGUAGUUACCAUUCCUUCCACUGUUCCUCUUUCCACUUCCCCAUCUCGUCCUUAUGCUAGUCGCGUGGUUCGGCUCCUCUUCCGAGAGAACAACUAAUCCUAUUCGUUACCACAUUAGAUAUGCUUACGACUAACCCAAUGACAGUUUUUUGUAGAAUUAGAAUCCGCCACCACGCAAGUGGUGGCUUCUGUACAGUUUCUCCUACACAAUAGUAAUGCACAAACCCCUAUCCAUUACACGCACGUUAGCUAGGUAAAGGUAAUUGACGGAUCGGAUGGAUCGAAGAGGAUUGUGGUCGUAAGUUUAAUCACAUAAAUAUUUCCAU